AGCUGGUGGGAGUGGAACGCACUGGCCGUUGUAGCCGUCGCCUUCUUCCUCCCCACAGUCCGAACAGCGCGGUGACUAGGCCGUCGGCCCUCGAGCCGAGACAUAUCUCUUAUUUAGUUCUCGGGAGCGCCUGGCCGACAUGAGUGAUGUAGAGGAGAACAACUUCGAGGGCAGAGAGUCUCGCUCUCAGUCAAAAUCUCCAACGGGAACUCCUGCUCGUGUAAAAUCAGAGAGCAGGUCAGGAUCUCGUAGUCCAUCAAGGGUUUCCAAACAUUCCGAAUCCCAUUCUCGAUCAAGAUCAAAAUCCAGGUCAAGGUCAAGGAGGCAUUCGCAUAGACGCUACACUCGAUCCAGGUCACACUCUCAUAGGAGAGGAUCUCGGAGUAGGUCCUAUACACCCGAGUAUAGGCGGUGGAGGAGCCGGAGUCACUCUCCAAUGUCUAAUCGCAGAAGGCAUACUGGCAGCAGGGCAAACCCAGAUCCUAACACUUGCUUGGAAGUAUUUGGCCUCAGUUUGUACACAACAGAGGAGAGAGAUCUUCGUGAAGUGUUUUCUCGAUAUGGACCUCUGAGUGGUGUUAAUGUAGUUUAUGAUCAGCGAACUGGAAGGUCACGUGGAUUUGCUUUUGUGUAUUUUGAGAGAAUAGAUGACUCUAAGGAGGCUAUGGAGAGAGCAAAUGGGAUGGAGCUGGACGGUAGAAGAAUCCGUGUGGAUUAUUCUAUCACCAAGAGAGCGCACACACCCACACCAGGCAUUUACAUGGGCAGACCAACUCAUAGCGGUGGUGGAGGUGGCGGAGGAGGAGGUGGUGGCGGCGGAGGUGGUGGAGGUGGCAGACGACGAGAUUCUUACUACGAUAGAGGAUAUGAUCGAGGCUAUGACAGAUACGAAGAUUAUGAUUACCGGUACAGAAGAAGGUCGCCCUCUCCUUACUACAGUCGCUACAGGUCACGAUCAAGAUCCCGUUCCUAUAGUCCAAGACGCUAUUGAUACUGGAGUGAUUGUGCCCAAGGACUUUGCUUUUUCUCUUCUUUUUGAUUUUGGAUUCCCAAGCUUCCAUGCUUCCUAGUCCUUUAAAAAACA